AUGGAAAAUGAAGGACUCAUGGUUCCACUGAAGGAAGAAGAUCGUCUGUCAGCAACGGUUUGGGCAGUAACAGAAGCUGCAGCAGUAGUGCCUAGAGGUGUAUUUGUAGUUAACUCUGAUGAUGGUUGUCUCUCAUGGAAUCCAUGUUUCAUUGGUCUGGGACACAGCAAGGCAGUCAGUCUGUCACAUUAUUUGCACCUGAGACCUCCGCGCAAACCCUGGAAUACGUGCCUACUUACUGCUGCGUCACCUAAUCCAGCCAUUGAUUGCCUUGAUUCAGUUGACACUGACUUUCCACCAGGUUGGAAGUUUGUCAUGAGAAGACUGUAAGCGUGGUGGUCGAACGACGCCGGCAAGUAUUUGCCCCUAGCGCCACAGAAGCCGAGGUGAAACAACAAGAAGUAAUUAUGUAGUAUUCUUUGCUGUUUUAGUGACUGUGAUUAUUGUUAAAGAAAAAUGAACAAUUGAUUAUAGACUUUUAAGUACUUCACAUAUUGGGCUCACUAGAGGCAAGAUGGAUUCAUAAAUUAUGUGGUUGUUACACCAACUUUA